AUGUCCCCUCUGGGUACUGACAGGUUGUCCCCAACUGCUGGCACCAAGACCGCGGUGGGGACUCCUCCCUAUUCCACCGAGAGGGAAACUGAGGCCGAGGACCAGGCGAGGGCCAGCAGCCCGACGUCGGACGGGAAGGAGGGGCUGAGACCAGCUUCGAACCCUCGCUUGCGCCGCCCCGAAUCCGGAGCCCGGGCCUCUGCCCGCCCGGCGCUGCCCGCGCGUUCCUGGAACUGGGCUGGGCGGAGAAAUCAGGGCCCGCGGAGAGGCACUGCCGCCGCCCUCCCCGCCGCCCCGGGCCGCGGGGGGCCUGGCCAAGGCCACCUCCCAGGCUGUGUCCUAGCGCUGCCCUCCGGCCGGGGGCGGGGCCGCGGGGGGGGGGGACCCGAGGAUGGGGCAGAAGAGGACGCGCGCGCGGCCCGGCCGCGGCCCGGCGCCCCCUCCCUCCCGGUUCCCGCUCCCCGGGGCCGCGCCACCCUCCCUUCCUCCCCUCCGCCCCUCCCCCGGCCCAGCGCCGGCUCCCGGCCGCCCCCUCCCCCCGACGCGCACGCCCCGCCUGACAUCCCCGCACGGCCCGGCCGCCGCGGCCACCUUCCCUGCCGGAGCUGCAGAUGUGGCGGAGCGGCCGGGCGCCGGGUGGCCGUGCCAGGGGAGCCCGCGCCCCGUGAGCCUCGCGCCCCGGCCCCCGCCCGCCCGGCCCCCUCCCCCGCUCGCUCCCCCGCCGCCCCCGACCGCCGGAGCCCGCAGCCGGGAGACCGACCGCCCCCCGCCGCCGAGGUAAGAAGCGCCCCCCCCGCGCCGCCCCGGGCAUCGCGCCGCGGGGAAGGGGACCGGCGGGAGGGGCUGGCCUGUCGGCGGGGGCUGCGGGACCCGGGGGUCGCCUCCCCCGCGAGUCCGCGCCUCGCCCCGGGCCAUUGUGAGCCCUCGCCGGGGCCCCAGCGCUCGCUCCCUUCCUCGCUGGCUCGCGCGCUCCCUCCCUCGCCGGCUCCCCCGGCCGCGUCCCUCCGUCGCUCUCUCUCCUCCCUCCUUACCUCCGUCUGUCCGGAGGCCGGGCAGAGCCGCGGCCGGGCCCCAGGAGGGAGCAAACUUCGGCAGGGAAGUUGGGCGGCGGCGGCGGGGGGCGCGCUGCGGGGCCCCCUGGGAUGGGGCUGGAAUCCAGGCUGGCACCUGGAGGCCUUGGCACACUGCCCUGCCCAGCCGGGUACUCAGGCCACAGCAGGGCAGCUUGCCGCCGGGACACCUGCCAGUCUCUCCCUCACUGGUGGGGAGGAGGUGCCCCAGGAAGCCAGACAGUGUGACACAUGCGUGUGCCUCUAUGUCUGGGGGUGCCCAACCAUGUCCCGUGGGCUGCUGGCCAACGCCUCUGCAGGCCCUCAAGAGCACUGGCCGAGCGCCCAGCGCUGCCCGCCUACUGUGAGCGGCGCUGCCUGGCAGGGUCCAGGGCCGUGCCUGAGCCUUGCCUCCGGCCUGCUCAGGAAGCGGGGGUCCGAGGAGGAGAUGAGGCCUGCCCCUGCCUCCGGCUUCCGCCUCUGGGCGGCUGAGGAGGGCGGAGCCCUUGGCCAGAGCAGGGUGCAGCAGCGGUUCCCAGGAAUGCGGGGCUGUGGGGCCGUUUGCUUUGGCAGCAUGUCUGCCCUCAGCUCUCCAAGCCUCCCUCUGGGCCCCCCAACAGUGGGCCCCUCCAGUGCCCACUCACUGCCUGCUGCCCCUCGGGGAUCCGCGCUCCGCCCCUUGCCGCCGGACCUGGCGGAGGCGGGGCCUUCUCCGGGUCUCAGUUUCCCCAGGGGCCGGGCCAGCCGAGCGCUCGCCCCGCCCCUCCGCCGGGGGCUGGCCGCGCCGCCAGCGCUCGGGGAUCGCACGACCCCGCGGGAGCAGGGCGCUCGUGGGGUCACCUCGCGACUAGCGGGAAACUGCUCCGGGGCUUCUGCAGCCGGGCUCCGAGCGGCACCCGCUGGGCACCGGUCCUCUCUGGGCUUCGCGCUGCCUAAGGAACUUGCCUCUGCUCUCGGCGAGGCGGGUCCCAGUCCUUAUCCGGAAAACAAACACCGAGUGUCCACCCGCCCACCCCCAAUAAUCAAUCUGGUGAUGGCUGGCUGGCCGGCCUCCAGAGGGGUGAUUGCCGCGCCAGAACCCCGGGACUGGUACGUCCCGCUCAGGGCCUCUGAGGCCCAAGAGAAGUGA